CUUUAAUUGGCUGAAGGAGGGAGGAGGAGUGCCGCUUCCGGAAGGGAGUCAGUCCUCCGAGGGAAGGAGCGGCAGGCCCCACCAGUUCUCCUAAUCCUUCCACUUUGAAUGUCACCAGAGAGAAGAGGCAGAGAUAUCUUCAUCCACUUUGGAGGCAGCUCAUAAGCGCAGAACCAAGAUGGAAGUCCAGGAGCCAGCUGUGGCCCAGUUAGAAGUAUUUUCUUCUGCUGUUGAGGCAGGGAACAAUGGAGCACACUGGGAGGACCCUUGGAGGAAAGACCGGGAGAGCAGUCUGCUCCACUCAGACCUUCAGUGCCAGCGCUUCCAGCAUUUACGCUACGAGGAGGCCUUGGGGCCACGAGAGGUUUGCAGCCGCCUCCACUCUCUCUGCCGCCUGUGGCUGAAGCCCGAGCGACACUCCAAGGCGGAGAUGCUGGACCUGGUGAUCCUGGAGCAGUUCCUGGCCGUCCUUCCUGCGGAGAUGGAGCGCUGGGUGAGGGAAUGUGGGGCAGAGACCAGCUCCCAGGCCGUGGCCUUGGCUGAAGGAUUCCUCCUGAGUCAGGAAGAGGAGAGGAAGCAGGAGAAGCCCCAGGUGCAGAACUCUUUUGCAGAUGAGACCAGUCAGGAAUCACACAUUUGGGUUGUCCAUAUUGGAGAAGGAAAAUAUAUCCUAGUUGGCAGUGAAACAUGGCCAAGUGACAGUAGCACAACUGUUCCUGAUUCUUCCCUAAGAAGAGAUUCUGUGGGACCAGAUCAGGUGACUUUUGAAGACGUGUCUGUGGAUUUCUCAGAGGAGGAGUGGGCCCUCUUGGAUCCAAGCCAAAAAACCUUGCACCAGCAAGUCAUGGAGGAGAAUUUAGGGAUUGUGUCAUCUCUGGAGGAGACACAAUUUGAGUAUUUGGAAGAUGAAAAGAAUUUCAGUUCGAAGGAAACACUCACCUUUUCUCAAGAAACUCACACAAGGGAUAAACCAUUUAAAUGCUUGGAGUGUGGAAAAAACUUUCGUCAGAAGGCACACCUUGUUAUCCAUCAGACAACUCACACAGGUGAGAAGCCAUUUAAAUGCUUGGAAUGUAACAAGAGCUUCAAUCAGAAGAGCCACCUUAAUAGUCAUCAGGCAACUCACACAGGAGAAAAGCCAUUUAAAUGUUUGGAAUGUGGAAAAAGUUUCUCUCAGAAGGUAAGCCUUGUUCGUCACCAGGCAAUUCACACAGGAGAGAAGCCAUUUAAAUGCUUGCAGUGUGAAAAGAGCUUUGGUCAGAAUUACAGCCUUAUUCGUCAUCAGGUAACUCACACAGGACAGAAGCCAUUUAAAUGCUUGCAGUGUGAAAAAAGCUUCAGUUACAAGCACGACCUUAUUCGUCAUCAGGCAACUCACACAGGAGAAAGGCCAUUUAAAUGCUCAGUGUGUGGAAAGAGCUUCAGAUACAAGUCACACCUUGUUCGCCACCAGGCAACUCACUGCGGAGAAAAAACAGAGUGUGGAAAGAGCUGCAGUUGAAAUACAAGGCUUCUUUUUGAAUUGUCAAGCCACACAGAAGAAAUGGGGUAGAGGCAACAUCCCUUGUUUUACAUCAGAGGGACAUAGAUCUUUGUCAUAGAAACUCCGAGUUUAAAAGCUGUGACUUUUGUGGGAAAUAAUAAUCUGAUCAAUUUUUAUUUAUGAAAUAUCUGAUUAAGCUUAACUGAUCA